CUGCCAGAAAGGACGACGGCCACCGCCAUGACCGCCGCUUCAGUCGCCGGAGAACCCCAGGUGUGCAAUGGGCAACGUCCUCUCAGCGACGAUGAUAUCGUGCGUUUAGCUCACUACCACUAUUCCCAGACCGGCUUCUCUCUCCCUCCUUACCUUCUCUCCCCUACUUCCCACGCCCCUCUCGUUUCCUACCUCCGAUCUCGCUCGUCUUCUCCCUCGCCUUCGAAAUCUGUGUCGGAGUACGUUGUCUCUCUCCUCUCUCUGAUCUCUCUCUCCCCGACCACCCCCUCUCUCUCGUCUCUCCUCUCUUCGCUCCUUCUCUCGUACACCCAGCUCUUCAAUUCCGGGAAAAUCCCCCGCGAUUCGAAUUCCCUCAAGACGAUUCAGCUAUUCAAUACCCUUUUGCGAUAUUUACCUGUCAAGGAUCUUCAAUCCGUCGUUGAUUCGAUCUUAUCGGAUUUGUCUAGUGUUACAAGCGUCGACGACGCUCAGUUGUUCGAUUUAUUGCCUGGGUGUUUUGACAUAUUACGAAAGCCGAAUGAGUUUGUGAGAAGCGAUGUGGAUUUCGUGAAUUCAGCGAUAGACCGUGUUCUCGAGAAUGAAUGGUCGAAAGGGUUGUUGAUCAAAGUUGUUUCCCUUGCGAAGGAGUUGCCGUUUCUGGACAAGGUAAGAAAGAGUGAGUUGCUGGAGAAGGUGUUUCAAGGUAUAAGGGGAAUAGACUUGCAAGACUUGCCUUCUGUUGUGUAUCAGUUGUUGGUUCUUGCUUCAAAAGGGUUUUGCAAGAAGGAGGUGAUAGAAGGGAUUUGUGGGUUUUUUGGGUCCAAGUCCGGGACCACAGGGACCUCCAUAGUUAGACAGGUCGAGGGUACCGUGCUUCUUCAUGUAAAUUUUGCUGUGAAGCAGGAUCCUUCACUGGGGCAAGAGGUUGUGAGGUUAGUGAAAUCCAAUCUUAGGGCUUUCAAUCAUUUUACGUUUGCAGUUCUGCUGUCCGUCGCCAGGAUUCGGAGAUUUGGUGAGAAUUCCUUGGGGGUUUUAAGAACAGGUUUGCUUACAGCAUACAUCGAUUAUGGACUCUCCAAAGAUUGCAAGUGGCUACCUGAUGAGCUGAAGGAAGAGUAUUCAUUGCAUCUCAAAUCGGUAGAACAAUCUUUGUUAAGAGCGGUCAGCGAGAGCAGUUGCGGGAGGGAACAUGUUAUUCCCAGUGUCAUCCAAUUUGGUUUUAUGCUUCUAGAAUCUGUGGAAGAAGGCAGAUGCAAGGAGUUUGGUGAUUCUAAUGGGGUACUGGGUCUUGAGCAGCUAAGCAUUCAGAUUCUUGGAACCGUAUUUGAAGUUCAUGAUAUGACAAGAAAGGAGAUUAUCGAACAAUGCAAGUUUCGUAUCCUUUCCUUGAACUGUGAAAAGAGCAUCCCAAUAGUGAGGUUGCUAGGCUAUCUUGUCCGAAGCUAUUCAUAUCCCAUGUUGGAAUAUGUUCACCAUAUCAAGGAGUUGUUGGAUUAUUUCACUUACAUGGAGGGAAGUAUCAGCAGUUGUCUUGUUACUGCUGUAAUUCCGUUAAUCAAAUUCAGUCGUGAUCUUCAGGACUAUAGCAUUUUGGUGAUUCGUAAGGCUAUGUUCAGCCGAGAAGAGACAGUUCGUGUUUCAGCAGCAAAUGCGAUAAUCAAUCUUAUACUAGCAGAAAAGCAAUUUAAGAAAGAGAGCUCAUUUACUUUCCAAGAUUCAUCAAGCCAGGCCAGUUCCAGCCAGCAAGCUGAGAUGAGCUGUAUUAUGCAGAGAAGCCUCUUCAAUGAACUGAAUGGUUUGCUUCAAAGAUGUCUUUAUCAGCAGGCAAAAGUGAGAGAUGUAAUUUAUAAUGGGCUUUUGGAGUUGGUCAUAGUCGAUCCAUCAAGUGGAGUAUCGGUGUUGGAUUUUCUUCUGCCCCACUUUCUUCGUUUCUUUAGACAGGAUAUAGAUUUCCAUCUUGGACUUGCUUCAUGCAUUAAAACAGAAGGUUCCAAAGUUGUCAUUGAAGAGCCCGUGGAUAGUCUUCUCUCUUGUAUCUCUUGGAUUCUAAUCCUCCAGCCACUCAGCAGCUCAGAUCGCCCUUCUGAUGCCUCAUGGCCAUGCUUUGGUUUCUCCCUUUCUCAGGAGAACGAGGGGAGAAGAAAUGCAUCUCACGAGGAAUACUCUAGCACAUUGUUGAAGGUCCGAAGUCUCCUACGGCAGGGGAAAAUAGAAGAUAUCAUUGAACAGUCUCAGGAUGUAGAAUCAGCAUCUCUUCAAGAAGAUAAAAAGAAAUCAUGUGCUUUGAUUUUGUCUGGAAUCCUUGAGGUUCUGCUGAAUUCUAUUGCCACUGAACUAGAGAAAGGACUAGAAGGAAAAAAGGGUGAUCUCGAAAAGGAGAUUGCUGAUUUGAUUGAUCUUCAUCAGUCACUGGAAAAAGACAUGUACAAAUCUAAGCAGAGCGCUGGUGGCAAGAGGAUUUGGGCUAGUUCUGAUCUUGGAAAUGCAAAAGUGAUUGAUGAAUUAAAAGUGCCCUUUUUGUCCACUUCAAGUCUCUAUCAGCUAUUUCUAACCAUGUUGAAACUCUCUAGUGGUGAAAGCAUCAGUAGUCGUCCUGAUUCUCAGAAUCGUAGUCAGUCGUCGUCAGCCAAGACAGAAAAAUCCAUUUCUCGGAUUUUCUCUUUCACAUUGCAGGUUUGCCUUGGACACAUAAGAUCUUCUCUUCGCAUGAAGGAGGGAAAUCCAUUGAAAAAGUUGGUCUAUGGUGACAUUAGAAUUCUGGGUCCUCCAUUACUGAAAGUGAUCUAUCUGUUAAAGGAGGGGCAAGUUUUAGCAACCCAACAGAAGAAAAAGGGAAGAAAAGAUGCAGAAGAAAGAAAACAGUGUCUGCAUUUUGCCUUACUUUGCUUGAAGGAACUACUUACGAUGUGUUCAAUUGGCUCUGGUUCGAAUUCUUUGCUUGAAGAUUUGUUGGCAGUGCCUGUAAAUGACAAUGGUGGUGUGGAUGAUGGGUGUGAGGAAACUUCAAAAAUCGAUGAUCCACUCAUAAGGAGCAAAGAAAUGUUCAUGGGGAAAAUCUUGAAGCCGAUGAUCUUAGAUCUUCUCGCAGUUCCCAGUUCUCAUGGCGUGGAGGUUCUUUGUGAUACAAUGCUGAUGCUUGGGAAAUCUCUGCCAGGAAAAUUCAGAGACCGCCAUGGAUCAUGGACUACUCAAAUAUGCAGAAGCUGUGAAACAACUAACACGUCUGUUGCAAAGAGCGUUGUGAAACUUGCUAUCUCUUUAACUACGUCUCCUUACGAUCUAUCCAUAGCUGAGGAAAUGGCUAAGGAGCUACAAAACAUAAUCGGUUUGGAGGAAACUGAGUCUCUGCAGGUGUCUGAGUCUUUCCCAAUCAUAAACCAGUCUACAAGUGCUACUGUAACCUCUUGCAUUUUGCAAUCCAUUGAAUCAGCAAUAGUCCACAUGGAUUGGGCCACAAAAAAGCUGAAAACUUUCUCAGUGGUCACUCAAAACAACAUCAAUUUCGGUAGCGAUGGAGAGCAUAUUUCUGGAUUGGGUUUUGAGGAAGCACUUUACUCAUUGGCCGAGUCAGUUGUAAGAGUACUCUCGUGCUUCGUCUUGAUGAGCCUAAAGGACCCACAAACAGAGCAGUUCCUCAGAUUGGCAGUGAGGUUUUACAAACAAUUAGCACAGAUCACCAAACUCAGGAUUGCAGCAAAGGGUUGCAGGCAAAUCCUUCCAAGCCUUAAAUUUCAGAAACUGGUGGAACUAACUUGCAGGCAGUUCACGGUUCCUUUAUACGACUUUUUGGCUGAAACUCAAAGGGAUAAACAGGAGACCAAUUCCAAUGCCACCAAGCCCAAGGGCAUUAUCAACAAGAUCAAAAGGGAGAACAAAUGCAUCCCGGAUUUGAUUUUCCAAAUAGAAGAUUGCGAAAGGUAUCUUAUUCAGCUAAGCAAAGUAACUAAAGUCAAUUUACUGAGGCACGCCAAGCGCAGCACUGCCAGAGAUUUCAAGAUACUUGAGGUUGCGACGGAAGAAGAUGGACCAAACCAGUUACAGACAGAGGUCAGUACCCAUAACGGAUCAGAGGAACAAGAAUCUGAGGGAGAUGGGUCUGAGAGGAUAUUGUCAGCUCAAACUGCUACUCCUGUUUCUGCACACGUUCCGGAUUCCGACAGUGCAGUAGCAGCAGAUGAAGAUGAAUGGCAAGAAGAAGAAGAGGAAAAUGGUGUUUGUAAUAGCAGGACAGGGAAGAGGAGUCGGGUAGUGGAGGAUUCUGAAGAAGAUUAAGCUCUUCCGGUGGAUUUUAGCUUCAUUUUUGUGUGUGUGUAUAUAUAUAUAUAUAUGUGGUGAAACAGUAAUCUACCAUGGGCUAGGAAACUUUCACAUGUUUCUUGCGCAGCAAGUUUCCUUCA